GGGGAUUUGGAAUUCAGCAAAGCUUCUUCUGCUAAGUCCAGCACAUUGCUUCCAGGUUCACUCAGUGCUGUCAGUGUCAAUGAAGAGGAUGUAGAAGUGUUUGAUUCCUUUGCAGGCUAUUUCUGAUGCUUGGAAGCUAUCAUUUUAGCAACAAAGAUGGUAAUAAAUCUUUGUCUCCCACAAUUCAGACCAAGAAUUCACUGCAACAAGGUGUCAGCUGAUGGUUAUGAAGUAGAAAAUCUCAUCUCUGAAGACCUUAUAAAGAGAAGCCGUGGCUUUAGGACUGAGUAUUUUGUUAGGCCACCAGUCUAUGUGACAGUUUCCUUUCCCUUUAAUGUGGAACUCUGUAGGAUUAACAUAGACCUCACAGCUCGAGGAGGCCAGAAUGCCACUGGCUUAGAAAUAUACACAUCUUCCUUAUCUAACAGAGCCUCAUGGAAUUCCCAGGAAUGCCAGACCCCAGGCCCUGCAGAACCAUCUGUCCCAAAUAAAGAAGUGUUCACCUUGGUAGGCAAAGUCUUACUGAAAAGUCAAAGCCAAGUGACGUUCAGCCACAGGGGCUUCAAGGCUAGGCCACCUUUUAGCCCAAUGGAAGUCACACACCCCUCCCCUACUGUUGUGGUCCAGGAGCUCUGGAAUAAAGGGACUCUUUCUCUCUGCCAUGUGACCCACCUCAAGAUCGGUAUCACCCAUGUGACAGGCAGUGGCAUCGCUUGCAUCAAGCAGUUAGAGGUGUGGGGUCAGCCGGCUAAGACCUGCUCUCAGGAGGUGAUAAACAGUGUCUUGUUGGUAGCCUCAGAGAGCCUGCCUCAAGAUAUGGUUCUACCCAUGGAGAGUAACUGUGACCCUAGAGUUCAUUGUGGAGGCCAGAACCCCUCCUGUAGCUCACAGGAGUUGGUUCCAGUGCUGCAGGAUGUCCCAGAGGAGUUCCUAGAUCCCAUCACCUUGGAAAUCAUGCCUUGCCCCAUGUUGCUGCCCUCAGGCAAGGUCAUUGACCAGACCACACUGGAGAAGUGUAACCAGAGUGAAGCUACUUGGGGCCGAGUGCCCAGUGAUCCUUUUACUGGAGUAGCCUUUACUCCGCAGUCCCAGCCACUUCCACACCCCUCCCUGAAGGCCCGAAUUGACCGUUUUCUGCUCCAGCACUCUGUCUCUGGCUGCUGCCUGCUUGGGAGAACACAAACUGCAUCAGCGGUGACCCCUUCUAUCAUUGCCUUGCCCUUGAGGAAAAGGAAGAUCGAUCAGGCUGAACUUACCCCAGACAGCAGUCUUGCUGUGAAUGCUUCUUGCUCUACCACAAGUCCUCUGGUCUCGCCCAUUACCUCAGAGCACAGUGCAAAGAAAAUGAAAGCUCCCAGUGAGCUCACCUUGAUGCACACGGACGGUUCAGCAGCAGGUCCAUUGUCCCAUGAGCAGAAGCUGUCACAAAGCUUGGAAAUUGCCUUGACUUCCACCCUUGGCUCCUUGCCCUCCUUCACAGCACAGCUCACUAGGGGACAGCUCCAGCCAUUGGGCACAAGAGGGAAUAGCACUUCCAAGAAUCCAGGCACCAGCACAGCAGAGCAGCCCGGGUCUACUCCUGGCCCAGAGUGUACCUCCUGCAAAACACCGUUUUCUCCCUACUUAAGAAAGGACCCAGUGUACCAGCUGCCCUGUGGCCAUCUCCUGUGCCGACCCUGCCUGAGUGAGAAGCAACGUUUCCUGCCCAUGACGUGCAGAGCCUGCCAGCAGCCAGUCUCCAGCCAGGAUGUGCUGCGGGUCCACUUCUGAGUGACCAGCCUCAAUUGGAUAAGCCCCACCGCUGGGAGGAGUGGAGGUCCCCCAUCCUCUGUUUCUGGGGCUUUAGCACAUCACAGUGUAACACAGGAACUGCAUUGCCGGUUAAGCAGCAGCAAGAUUUAAAAAAAAAAAAAAAAAAAAAAGCCAUAGGCAGGGCUGGAAGCACUGGGAGAGUUGUCCCUGUUCUUGCCAGAGCCCAGGACCCACCAAGCCAGCCCCUGUCAAGGGCUCCCAAGUUGCCUGCACAUAAACUCUUGUAAGCAGGGCUUUGUGAGCAGUACUCCAUGGACUGUGGCUUGGGAGCUCACACAGAGCCUUUCCUGCCUCAGGGUCACCCAGAAGUGGACGAUGGUGGGGGCUGAGCACAUGACAGCUCUCCUGCCUCCACUGGCUGACACUUGGAUCCUUAAUAAACUGAUAACUGACA